AUGGGGACAACAAUGGCAGGUCUCGCGCCGGGACUGUCAAGGAAGCUGAAGAAAGUGCUGGAAUCAAGGACCGAUACACCGGACGUUCUCGGUUCCCUUAACACCCUCUCCACUUUCUACACCGAUAACACUCCUCAGAAUCGUCGCAACCUCAGAUCCACAAUCGAGAAGCGCUCUCUUUCCAUCAACAUCGACUUUCUUCGCGCAUCCGAUACUGCCCAGCAGGCGUUGGAUCGCGUCGAGGAGGAGGUAAAUGGUCUUGCCGAUUGCUGCGAUAGAAUUGCAAAGGCUUUAAAUAGUUCUAGUGCUAGCAUCGGGGACAUUAUUGGUACCACAGAACGCCUAAAGCAGGAACUCGAAGUUACUACACAGAGGCAAGAGAUUGUGUCAUGCUUUGUUCGUGAUUAUCAGAUAUCUAACGAAGAGAUAAAUGCUCUGAGGCACGAAGAUCUAAAUCAGAAAUUUUUCAAGGCUCUUUCCCAUGUUCAAGAAAUCCACGCUAAUUGCAAAACACUGCUGAGAACACAUCAUCAGCGUGCAGGUUUGGAGCUUAUGGAUAUGAUGGCAGUGUACCAAGAAGCAGCAUAUGAGCGGCUGUGUAGGUGGGUUCAGACAGAGUGCAGGAGCCUAGGAGAAACUGAUAAUCCCGAAGUCAGUGAACUAUUGAAAACAGCUGUUCGCUGCCUCAGGGAAAGGCCUGUUCUCUUCAAGUAUUGUGCUGAGGAGGUCGCAAAUAUGAGGCAUAAUGCAUUGUUUAGAAGGUUUAUCAGUGCUCUUACACGUGGAGGACCAGGUGGCAUGCCUCGUCCUAUUGAAGUACAUGCUCAUGAUCCUUUACGUUAUGUUGGGGAUAUGUUAGGGUGGCUACAUCAGGCUUUGGCAUCUGAACGUGAGCUAGUACAUAUACUGCUAGACCCAGAUGCAGUAAUUGAUGUUGGACUAACUGCCAACAAGUUCUCCCCGAACUUAGAGAGUGAAUCUGGAUCACCAGACAUUGACCUAACCUUUGUUUUGGAUAGAAUUUUUGAAGGAGUUUGCCGGCCUUUUAAAGUGAGAGUUGAGCAAGUGCUGCAGUCUCAACCAUCUCUGAUUAUUUCAUAUAAACUCAGCAACACCCUGGAGUUUUACAGCUACACGAUUUCAGAUUUGCUUGGGAGAGAUACGGCUCUAUGCAAUACCUUGUGGAUGCUAAACGAUGCUGCCCAGAAGACUUUCUUUGAUAUCCUUAAAAGUAGAGGGGAGAAGCUUUUGCGAUUUCCUUCCUUUGUUGCUGUUGAUCUCUCUCCACCACCGGCAGUUAGAGAAGGGGUUUCUGUGCUGCUGGAAAUAAUUGACACUUAUAAUAGCAUGAUGGUUCCAGCUUCAGGGAAAAAGGCUGCUUUUGAUCCGGUGUUAUCUGCUUUACUCGAUCCCAUAAUUCAGAUGUGUGAGCAAGCAGCAGAGAUUCACAAGUCCAAGGGAUCUGGCCACAUAUCAAGAAGGGGUAGGACAAAUUCUGGUUCAGGUCAGAAUAGCAAAUCAUCAGUAGAUGCACUAUUGUCCCAAAGCAGCCCUGCUCCAGCCUCUCAGGACACCGAAACACCUUCUAAGAUCUUUCUGAUCAACUGUUUGUGCGCCAUCCAACAACCAUUAUCUGGGCAUGAAGUUGCAGCUGAAUAUGUCAAGAAACUUGGAGUAAUUAUAAAUAGUCACUUGAGCGUGCUUGUAGAAAAGGAAGUUGGUGCAAUCUUACGAAGGUGCGACUUAUCUCAGAAGAUGACAUAUUUCCAUAAGAGCUCAGAAGCAGGCAAUGCAGCAGAUGGACUACGAUUGGCUGAGAUUCAAGACACAUCUCCCGCUUCACUUUCAGAGAGCUUGAAGGCUUUCUUUGGGCUUGUUUUGGGAAGUGAGAGUUCCCUUCCUGAGUUUGAGCUAUUGCAGGUUCCCAAAUUGCGAUCGGAAGCCUGUAUUCAAGUAGCUCGAUCGCUGGCCGAAGCUUACGAGCUUAUAUACGACGCAAUCAUGGAUCCAGACAAUGGGUACCCAGACCCCAAGUCACUUGCAAGGCAUCCUCCAAACCAGAUAAGAACAAUUUUGGGAAUAUAACUAUAGAGGUUUUGUGUAGGACAUUCUGUUUUGAUUUGAGAUAUCAUUGCAUUGAAUAGGUUGGUUCUACUGUUACUUUGUUGAGUCUAAAGCUUUAGAUUAAAUGGCACUGUAUGUUGUACAGAAUGCGGUCUAAAUCCAUUACCUGAUUAGGCUGCCAAUAUAUUUGCUCUUGUUUAUUCUUCUCCCUUUUUUGGUCUCCUGUACAGUGUUAUAGAUUCUUGUUUUUAAACUCUCCCUUUUGUCUUAUUGAACAUACUUUUGUUGGCAAUUUUUAUUAGUAAGGAUUUGAACUGAGGAAUCUCUAA